CGCCAGGGGAAGGAGCCUCCAGACAUCACCGCCUCCUCCCUCCCGACACCAGCCCGCCCCACGCCGACAUGUGCCACACCAGCUGCCCCCCGGGCUGCCAGGCGUCCUGCUGCUCCUCCAGCCCCUGCCAGGCGUCCUGCUGUGUGCCUGUGAGCUGCAGACCCACUGUGUGCGUGCCCGUGAGCUGCAGACCCGCCGUGUGCGUGCCCGUGAGCUGCAGACCCACUGUGUGUGUGCCCGUGAGCUGCAAGCCCGUGUGUGUGCCCUCCUGCCAGUCCUCCAUGUGCUGCCAGCCCUCCUGCCAGUCCUCCGUGUGCCUGCCUGUGAGCUGCAGGCCUGUGUGCGUGCCCUCCUGCCAGUCCUCUGGGAGCUGCCAGCCCUCCUGCCAGUCCUCCAUGUGUGUGCCCGUGAGCUGCAAGCCCAUGUGCGUGCCCUCCUGCCAGUCCUCCGGGUGCUGCCAGCCCUCCUGCCAGUCCUCCAGGAGCUGCCAGCCCUCCUGCCAGUCCUCCAUGUGUGUGCCCGUGAGCUGCAAGCCUGUGUGUGUGCCCUCCUGCCAGUCCUCUGGGAGCUGCCAGCCCUCCUGCCAGUCCUCCGUGUGCAUGCCCGUGAGCUGC